ACAGAGAGCUCCUGGAGUCCUCGUGUUUUAAUUGCAGAGAAGAUUGUGGAGAAAAUCCCGUCGCUUUCUGAAGCUCUGAUUGGUCCAUGUCUUGACCUCCUAAAACACCAUGGUAGUGUGUUCAUGUGUGUGCCAGUCCCUGCGGGGCUCUGAUUGGUCCGUGCCCUGCUCCGACUUCACAAGGAGCCUACUGUGAUGUAGCCCCCAGAAGUGUAUAUCUGGCCGCUGGCCGGCCCUGGGUUUUGUCCGCUUGGCCCAGGGAGCUCUGUUGGUGACCUGUGUGGCUUGGACCCCUCUGCCCUAGCGGUAGUGCUCGGUGCUGUGGUGCGUGCUUGGUUGGUUUGUUUGUUGGUUUCUUGUUCUUUUCUGUUUAUUCUUGUGCCCAUUUUCUUUAGCUUGUUUUUUUGCACCUCUUUGUUGUUUUGCCCCUUUUGUCUUUUUUUGCUCUUCUGUUUGUUUCUGCUUCCCCCACCUUUAGUUAGCCAGCUCGGUCAGACUUGCCAGGGCGAGUGUAGUUAGUGGCUUUUCCUCUUUCUUGUGUUCUGUUUUCUUGAGAUAGCCUUGUUGCUUGGGUUAGUCUAGUUAGUCCAGCUAGAGUCCCACCUCAGUGAGAGGCAGUCAGGGCCCUUGCGAUCCCUUUUUGUUUGUAGCUAGCUCAGUCAGGGGAACCGAUUAGUUAGUAUUUGUGACUAGAGAGUGCAGUUCAGAGAGUGUAGAGAGGGAUUGUUGGCCAUGUACAGCACCUGGGCCUUCCAUCCGCCGCUUCCUGGCUACGAGUUCGGGGACAUCAUCGGCCAGGGCGGCUAUGGCGUGGUGAAGCUGGCCCGCCAGCUGGCCACGGGCAGGGACGUGGCAGUGAAGAUCUUCCUGCAGGAGCGUCGAGCCUCCAGCUCGCGGAGUGUGGCCCGCGAAGCGAGCCUGAUGCGCAGCCUGCAGCACCCACACAUCUUGCAGCUGCUGGAGGAGCAGCAGCAGGGCAGAUUCGUGUUCCUUGUCAUGGAACUGGCCAGCAGGGGCAGCCUGGAGUGCUACGUGCAUGAGCAGGGUGGCCUGGGGGAGCAGGAGGCAAGCUUGCUCUUCGCCCAGAUCCUGUCGGCUGUUGAAUGCUGUCACGGCAGUUUCAUAGCCCAUAGAGACAUCAAACCCAGCAACAUGUUGCUGGACUCCAACAUGCACGUGAAGCUGGCCGACUUUGGGCUCAGCCUCCGGCUGCUCGAGGGUACGCGGAUAAGGGGCUUUCACGGGACCCCCGAGUACUGUGCCCCGGAAACCUUUUCCGGGGAGGAAUAUGACGCCUUUCGGGCGGACAUGUGGAGUCUGGGGGUGACGCUCUUUGAAAUGGUGACGGCCACACUGCCCUUCACUGGGGACACUGCAGAGGAACUUGAGAACUGCAUCGUGGCUGGCAGCUACGUGCUGCCACGGCCCUGCAGCCCGGCCCUGACCGAGCUCCUGGGCUUCCUGCUCAGCGUGGAGGCCUGCGCCAGGUUCACCGCCCAGAUCGCCAGGACGCACUGGUGGUUCGGCCCCCGCGCCCAGGAGUCCCAGGACAGCCCCGUGCCCAGGGAGGACUCUGCCACCCUGGUGGAGCUCCUCAGUGUGCCCCAGGACCUCAAGGACAGGCAGUACCUCGCGCAGCUCGGCCUGCUGCCUGGCAGCACGGCACAGGGGACGCCAGAGCCUGCGCCCCACGAGUCCAGCUUCCAGCCGCCUUGCUUGUUGCCAAGCGCUGGGAGCCAUGGCGCUCAGGACUCCUUACAUCUGAGCUCCAUCCACAGCGACUCGGUGUGCUUCUCGCCCAGCUGCUCCACAGCCAGCCUCUCCAGCCAGCUCUCAGGCCAGCUGCAGCAAGAGCAGAGCUCCCUUUCCAGCGCAUCCCACGAGCCGGUGCCUGAGGCCUCGUGCCCCGUGGCCAGCACCAGCAGCCCAACGGACCUCGCACAACCGGAAGUGGAGGCGCCACGAGAGCCUGAGAGCACUGGGUCGCCCAUUCCCGCCAAGGAGGGGAAGCGGGGCUUCCGUGGGAUCUGCAGGAGCUUCCUAAGGUUCCUGCAGCGCGCCUGCUGCAUCCGGCAGGACCCAGACAGAGGCCCCGGCCUGCGCUCCAGAAAAGUAGCCCCGGAAGACUCUGCCCAGUCCAAAUUAAGAUGA